AUGUAUAAGGUAAAAAUAUGGUUUCAAAAUCACCGGUACAAAUGUAAGAGGCAAGCAAAGGAAAAGGCAAUGGCAGAACAAAAUUCGCAUAAUCAGAGUGUAAGUUCCCCUCGACGAGUGGCCGUGCCCGUCCUGGUGAAAGAUGGUAAGCCGUGCUCCAGCGGCAGCAGCAACGUGUCGUCUGGUACGAUAACGACCUCGGGCGUCAUUCAAGGCGGAACUGGUGUUCUGCAUCAUGGCGGCCAACUGCAAAGUACGCAGGAUGGGAUACGCGGCUCCACUAACAAUUCCCAUCCUGGUUCGCAUCACAAUUCCGGUGCCUCGCCAGGAAGUAUGUCAUAUGGAAAUUCAUCAGUAUCCCAACAACAGUGCACGUCGUCAGGAAGUGGGCUGGUGUCUGGUGCGGUCAUGGCUGCAGCUUACAGGAAUCAGAAUAACUUCAUAUCCACUGGGCACCAACAACAGUGCACGGGAUAUGUGCCUCUUCAAGGGAGAGCGUGGUAA